AUGAAUGGCUUAGAGGACAAUUUUGUACCCGAUUUAUCUGGUGAUGGUAGGCCAGAAUCUGCAGACGGAACAUUAGUGAUUAUAGUUUGCCGGGCGAAGCACUUGCCUAAUAGAAGGAAGCUAGAUAAACAGUCACCCUAUGUCACUUUGAGAUUAGGCACAACAGCUAGAAAGACCGAAGCCCACUUUAGAGCAGGACAAACCCCCGAAUGGACUCAAGAGAUAAGAUUUGAUUUGAGCAGGGAUAGAAAGCCGAUAGUAAGGUUAGACGUUUUAGAUGAAACUAAGAACGAUCCUACGCCUAUUGGAGCCACAGAAAUUGAUUGCUCUAUGGUCUUCUCUAACCCCGACAACCAUCAGAAUGGCAAAUAUAUAUACGAUAAGUGGUAUGAUUUGACUUUGAAUGGGAGAAGGGCUGGAAUGAUAUAUUUAGAAAUGACAUUUUAUCCGACCUCACCGGUGCUACCGCCAAAGGUAGCCAUGCCAUAUAGUUUGGAGCAGGACAUAGGAUCGUUUCACAAUUCUAGGAAUACACUCGUUAAAGACUUGCCUCCGCCACCACCAAAACAUCCAUCCAGAGCCCGAACUCCAAACGUUAGUGAUGAAGUUUUUGUCACUUCUCAGGGAUCAUCUAAGGCUCUGAAGAGGCUUUCUCUUUUCAAAUAUAGUCAAGGCUCAGUUGAUACAACCCCAUUUAACAGCUCAGCUGAUUCCAAUGACCGUGAAGCAGGAGCUGUACAAGUUGAAAGUGGCCCUGAACCUCAAGAAAACCUGGGCGGUACGGGUAAAUUAGCACAUAAGUUCAACAAAUUCAAAGCGAAGUUUCAGUCUAAAGAACCCAUAACCAGCUUUUGGACCCAAAAUAAAGGACCUUUUAAGAUUUCGAAAGAAGAUAGACAGCGUUCCGUCUCACCUAUAAGUGAGUACGGACUUGAUAAUGAUAGCGUAGCAGGUAAUGACGAAUGGCGGGAAGAUAUAAACAAGAAUUCGUUUAUAAAUCAUGAUGAUAAUGUAAUAGAUGAACUGCCUUUACCACCGCCACCUCCUCCUCCCCCACAUUAUGCGACUCCAUCAAAGGAAUACUCAGAGUUACUGCAAGCUGCACUGCAGGUCAGUCCUUUUUCAUCUCCAACUAAAAGGAAGAGUCAGCUGAGUUCCCUGAACACAUUUAAAAAUAGCAGAUCAAUCCCAUUUUCGGCUGACACAAUAGGGAUGGAGACUAAUGAUGAUGGCAUUCCAAGUCAAGUUUUCUUGAUGGAUGAGCCAGUAUCUAGAUUAAAACACCCUUUGCGAAACAUUGAUAACAAUGGAGCUUACAAACUUAAUCCUGAUGAAAUAGAUCCGAAAUAUUACGCACCAACACCAGAUGAACAUUUAACAAGGACUUUGAGGUUGCAAAAUGGAAAUGCUAAUAGUCGUGACUUGUCAAUUGAUUUGAGAACUCGCGAAACUGGCUAUCUUGGUGAUGGGAAAUUUUCCCCUACGAUAUUUGAUAAGCUUGGACAUAACGACGAGAAUCAAAAGCCUAAGCCAAACGUUCCUCCUAAAAUACCGAAGGGUUUAACUGCAGCGGAAUAUUAUAUAUUGGAAAAGGAGAGAUACUUGAAUGACUUGAAGGGGCAAAGACUAUGA